AUGACUGAUAGGCUGGCUUUUGGUGCACCUUCAGGGUCAAUUGUUAGAGUUAGCUCCAGUGGAUGGAGAGAUUCAUCUUUAUUCAUCGAAUGGUUAAUACAUUUUGUUACUGUGGCUCAUACAUCUAAAAAUAAUGAGCAAUUAAUUGUACUCGAUGGUCAUCAUAGUCACAAAACACUUGAAGCCAUUAACUUUUGUCGCGACAAUGGGAUUCAUCUUAUAACUCUUUCACCUCAUUGUAUACACAAAAUGCAACCUUUAGAUCGUACAUUUUUCAAACCAUUGAAAAUUGGUUACAAUACUGCAGCAAGCAACUGGAUGUUAUCGCAUCAGCGGCGUAGAAUUUCAUUUUUUGACAUGGCAGGAAUUUUCGCAACUGCCUAUAAAUUUACUGCAAACAUUGACAAAGCAAUCAAUGGAUUUAGAUGCUAUGGUUUAUACCCAAUAAAUGAGCUUAUUUUUAACAAUGAAGCCUUUUAUGCAGCUUUGCUCACUGAUGAAGCUAUACUAUUGGAAAGCUGUCAGCAAUCAAGUGAGUAG